AUGCAUGACGUCAGUGACAAAAAAUUCCACUUGAUCAGUAUGAUGAACGACAGUGACGCCUACGACUGCAAUGCGGUGCUGGGGGCCCUGGGGACGAGCCGCACAAACGCGUACAUCGUGUCGCUGGCGUUUUCAGACAUCGGUCUGGCGGUCCUGGUGUUGCCUCAGCACAUCUACGAAUCGUGGAACAGACGGUGGGGUCUUCCCCUGUGGAUGUGUCAGUUGAGACUGACUGUGGACACGUGCAUGGUUCAUAUUUCAGUGUCCAGUCUGUGCGCCUUGGCAGCAGAGGGAUACCUGGCCGUCUGUCAUCCAUUUACAUACGCGAAGGUGACCACCAGAAUUACCGCCGUCAUCAUCGCCUUGUGCUGGGUCGUUCCAAUCGCCAUCUGGGUCGGAUACGAAGUCAGCGACAGGCGCUACACUGGUAUUGAAGACAUUUUAUACUGUCUGUUCCAAUCCGGCCGCUGCGUGUAUCUUCUGAACAAGUAUGACCAUUUAUUGUCUAUUGUAAUGGUAUUCUUCAUCCCUUUGACUGUCAUCUUCAUUACAUACGGCAAAAAUAUUUGCCACGGCACGGAGGCACGCUCGUGCGAUACAGGCCUUGCACGACACUGA